AGUCGCUGUCGCCACACUCUAUGACGAGUCACUGCUGGUGUGUCUCUUAUAAACAUGGGACUUCUCUAGCGCAGGACCCCACUGCUGACGCCAUGCCUCGCCCGGACCGCCGUCUCUCUCGCCACACUUGAUGCCUAUCAAAAAACGGCCAAAGGUUCCACAGGCUGGAGUGUGGUCCGUCUUGAGGAUGGGGAAUAUCACGCGAGGUGCGAGUUCCACGGGCGAAGUCAACGCAGACAGCUCUGUAAAAGGAUCGGAGGACGACAUCGUGGUGGUUCUUCGGGACUACCCGUCGCCUGACGUCAGCGAGCCCAUCUACAGGAUGGGGGAGAAGCUCCGACUCAUCGCUAAGGAGGCUUAUUGGUGGAAGGUACGCUGUGUCCGGACACAAAAUGAGAACUACAUACCCCAAAGCCAUGCGGCAAAAGUAUACCACGGUUGGCUGUAUGAAGGGGUUGAGAGGCAGAAGGCCGAAGAGCUGCUCUCUCUACCCGGGAACAGAGUCGGCUCCUUCAUGAUACGGGAGAGCGCCAAGGAAAGAGGUCUGUAUUCGCUCUCUGUGAAGCACCGGAUUGUAAAGCACUAUCGUAUCUUCAGACUGGACAACAGCUGGUACUACAUCUCUCCUCGGCUCACUUUCCAGUGCCUUGAAGACAUGGUCAACCACUACUGUGACUUUGCCGAUGGGCUGUGCUGCGCAUUAACCACCCCCUGUCUGUCGGAAAUGACCCCUCCAUCAGACGCACCUCCUGGACCUCCACCUGUGGUCAUGCGACGGAACUUUGACUGGAAGAAAAUAGACAGGAGACAGCUGGUCAGCACAGAGCCCUGCAGUGAGAACGCGGUGAGCUACGGAGUCAGAAACAGCAUCGCCGCCUACCUGUCCUUCUCUGGGAAUCAGAACCCGGCGCAGACGAGAGCACAAAGCAGGAAGAAAAAGAGCAAAUCUCUUUACGCUCUCCCUGAAAACGCCAUCGAAAACAUUGACUAUGAAGAUGACUUCUAGGGAGAGCAGGUUCCAGAGAGUGGAGCAGCGGCACCAGGCUUCCUUCUCUCAGAUCCACCACUUCUCUGAUGUCUGCAGUGGGUCUAAAUGUGUGCUUAAGCAUCCCGAACAUUGCAGUGUGUUAGUUUCUAAGCACUUUGAAAUACUUUAAAGAUAAAACAGCUCAAGCACUUGCGCUUCGACUCAGCUAAUAAGACGGAUCUUGAUGGAAUUGAACUGGACGGCGGCACAAUGAACUCUAAUGUGUAUUCUGCACAUGGAUAUUGUUUGGUAACAUGAGUUUUAGUGGCUCUCAAACUAUUUUCCUGUGUUCUGUAAUAAAUGUUACAUUGUUGAAUGGAUGUGA